AUGGCCAACACCGCUGCCGAGAUCAAAUCUACCCUGAACGACGCCAUCAGAGACGUGGCGAAAGCGAGCGCCCCCGCUUUUGCCGCGGAGGGAAACGUGCGCGUCGUUGGGGACGACGAUGAGCGCGCCAUGCUGCCUGGCGCCAUCACGGUGGGCACUCUGCAGGUCGACAUUCCGAUGACAGAUAAGACGCUUGUCGCGCUUGACGACAUCGGCGAAGCUGCUCCUCAUGGACGUGGUAUGGAGACCGUUGUCGACCCCAAGGUGCGGCGGGCAACAAAGAUCGAUGCUUCCCACGUGUCAGAAGCACGCCGGCGGCGCCCUCAAGGUCAGCAACGCGCAAGAGAGCAAGGAAUUCAACUGGGAUCUCUACCCUGGGGACGUUGA